AUGGCUGAGAAAACGCCUCUGUUCCCAGGGGAGGGAGGGGCCGUCCGCCCCAGGAGCCGCCUCGCGGACAGGAGCGCCCCCGCCACGCAGACAGGAGCGCCGCUCCCCGCCGGGAGCAGACCUUCCUGGGGCCCAGCGAGGCUCCUGAGCGCCCGGGAGAAGGGGAGCGCAGGUGGACUCCAAAAGGCGACAGCUCCAGCCCCGGCUGGGAUUGGGGGAACCUGGCGAGGGGGCCUCCAUCCCCACGGGCUCGGGAUGGAGUCCUCCGAGUACCCCGGAAAAUGGGAAUGCAGUCAGAGUCGCGGUGGCCGAGAAGCUGCCUUUGAGUCCUCCACGGGGAGCUGGGAUUGCUCCGCACAGGGCUCAAUGGCUGACCUUCAAGCAGUGGCUAGCUGUCCCAUCUGUCUGGAUUACUUGAAAGACCCAGUGACCAUCAGUUGUGGGCAUAACUUCUGUCUCUCCUGCAUCAUUAUAUCCUGGAAGGAUCUAGAUGAUAGUUUCCCCUGCCCUUUUUGCCACUUUUGCUGUCCCGAAAGGAAAUUGACAAGCAAUCCUCAACUGGGUCGUUUGACUGAAAUUGCUAAGCAACUCCAGAUAAGAAGCAAGAGAAAGCGGCAGGAAGAGAAGCAUGUAUGUAAGAAGCAUAAUCAGGUUUUGACCUUUUUCUGUCGGGAAGACCUAGAGCUUUUAUGUCCAAGGUGCAGUUUCUCCACUGAUCACCAGCUUCACUGUGUUCGGCCCAGAAAGAAGGCUGCCUCCCAUCACAGGAAAAAAUUGGAGGAAUACAAUGCUGCAUGGAAGGAGAGAGUGGAACUAACUGAAAAAAUCAUAACUGUACAAACCAGAAAAUCGUUAGAACUGAAGAAAAAGGUAAAACAUAAGGAAGAAGAAGUCAGGUCUGAAUUUGAGCAACUUAGGUUAUUUCUCCAAAAGGAGCAAGAGACUGUUCUUGGGCAAUUACAAGCUGAAGAGACGGAUAUUUUAGCACAACUAAAUGAAAGCCUAAGAAAAUUCUCAGAUCAUACCUCCUCAUUAAAAUAUCUACUAAAGGAGAUACAGAGCACAUAUGUAAAGCCAGGACUGGAAUUACUGGCAAAUGUUAAGGAUAUCUAUCACAGGUACAAAAAUUUCAAAUUCCUUGAACCUUUUUCAUUCAGAUUAAAAGAAUACGGUUACCGUCUGCCUCCACAAUAUUCUGGCCUAUAGAAAAUUAUCAAGCGAUUUCAAGUAGAUGUAAUUCUAGAUCCUGAAACAGCACAUCAUAAACUUGUAGUCUCAGCAGAUAGGAAAACUGUGCGCUAUGGAAAUACAGUGCAAAACUUACCUUCAAACCCAAGAAGAUUUUAUCGCCUCCCAGCUGUUGUGGGUUCUAAGGGCUAUAGUAGUGGCCGGCAGUACUGGGAAGUAGAAGUGAAAGACAAGCCUGAAUGGAUCCUUGGUGUCUGUGAUGACUCUCUUCCCAGAAGGAGGAAGCGCUCACCAACAUUAGUACAGAAUGGAUUGUGGGGAAUUCGGCGAUCUGGUUGGGAUAAUUAUAUUGUAUUGGGUCAUGAGGAAAUUAAUCCGCUGCCAAAAGUAGCACCUAGUAAGAUUGGCAUUUUUUUAGACUAUGAAAUGAGUGAGAUUUCCUUUUAUAAUGUGAAUGAUAGCUCUGUACUGUAUACUUUUAAUGAUGAUUUUACAGGGCCACUUUGGCCUUAUUUUUAUACUGGAAUGGACUCAAAACCUCUUAAAAUUUCUAGAGUAACAGAUUGUGAAUAA